UCCAUAUUACUUGCACUGGCUCUGGCCAUCAGACUGAGCUGAUCUCAUGGCCGUUCUGCCUCGUCGAUCGUUCUAAGAUUCGGCUCAGUACUCUUACAAUUAAAAAUAAUAAUUAUCUAUCAGUCGCGAUUUUAAACUCGUGAUAUCUCCGAGCGUAAUUAUUUAAAAAUAAUUAUUCAGUAAUUAAAAAAUAAUCUUGUGAACGCUUUUGCGUAAAUAAAUAAUAUAAGUGAUAUAAAUUUGAGGAACGAAUGUCCAUUACGGGUUCAGAUAAUUGUCAUAAAUCAGUCGCCUGUAAAACCAGCAAGCACUGGCUCCACCAGGACUCAUUGAUCCAGGUCCCAAAGACGAUUUGACUUAUUUUUGGGAUAAAGUUUACGAAAACCUCCAUCAUUCCGCCUUCAAUCCAGUGCCUACCCGCAGGGUGGCAAUCAUUUCAUAAGGGUUGUAUCUGCGAUAGACUGGUUGGCCAGUCUGUUGGAGUUAAUCUCACAAACAGCGGCAACUGGAAGUUGGCCCUGAACGCAGAGCCCCCGUGGCUUUGCUAGCACCCCCAACGCUGUUAUUGUCUUAAAUCGCCUCCUCACGACUCUUCCAAUUCUCAUUGACAGCUGCCUCAUUGCCGCCUAGCGCCUGCAGAGUGAAAAAUAAUAAAGUCUCCGGAAUCCUCAUAAAGAGUUAAAUUAACAAACUAAAUAAUAAAAGUAUAGUAAUAAAGUUAAAGUUUUAAAAAAAAUAUCAAUCAUGAAAGUUUCAAAUUCAAACGAACGCAUCCACGUGCUGGACAACUCGUCAUCAGUGAUGAGUAUUGUGAAAGACAUUGUUGAUAGUGGGUUGCAAGAAGAAGCUUUUUACGUCCUCGACAUCGGUGAUAUUGUCAAGAAACAUCAAAUAUGGAAGGAUAAAUUACCACGAGUCGAACCCUACUACGCAGUAAAGUGCAAUGACAGUCCAACUGUCAUUCAAGUACUGGCUGCUUUGGGAACUGGCUUUGAUUGUGCUUCUAAAGUUGAAAUAAAUAAAGUACUUAGUGCUGGUGUAGAUCCAACGCGUAUUAUUUUUGCUAAUCCAGCAAAACCUGCGUCACAUAUUCGUCAUGCUGCUGCAGUUGGUGUUGAUAUUACGACUGUUGACAACGAGAGUGAAUUGCAUAAACUAAAGAAACUACAACCCAAUGUUAAGGUUGUAUUGCGCAUACGUUGCGACGCUGAAGUAUCCCAGUGUCCACUGGGCAUGAAGUUCGGCUGCGACCCUAUCACGGAAGCGCCGAAUCUUCUGCACUUGGCGCGAAUGCUGAACCUUGAGGUUGUUGGCAUCAGCUUCCAUGUGGGCUCGGGUUGCCAGGACCCGCCGGUAUUCCAUCGGGCGAUCCGUCACGCGAGGACUCUGUUCGACCUCGCUAAAGAGAUGGAUUUCAAACCGUAUUUGCUGGACAUUGGUGGUGGGUUCCCUGGUGAUCGCGGGACUAGUAUUGAUAAAAUUGCUGAUGUUGUCAAUAACGCACUUGAUGAAUAUUUUGAUGCCGAUGACGUCCACAUUAUCGCGGAGCCAGGUCGUUUUUACGUCGCCUCAGCAUUUACACUGGCUACAUGCAUUCACAGCAAGCGCUCAGUAAGAAAUGAUAAACUGUCACCGAAUACCAUAACUCACAACAUGUAUUACAUAAACGAUGGCGUGUACGGCUCAUUCAAUUGUAUUCUUUACGACCAUCAGCGCGUUGUUCCCGUUCCACUUAAGACCGGCUGCGGUAAAAUGAUUCCAUCAAGCAUCUGGGGGCCCACGUGCGACGGCUUGGAUCAAGUAGUAGAGAACGUCCUGAUGCACGAUCUCGAUCUCAGCGACUGGAUAAUAUUUGAAAACAUGGGCGCCUAUACGUUGCCCGUCGCCUCACCAUUUAACGGAUUUCCAGUUCCAAAAGUCCACGUUACUGCUGACGAAAAUGUCUGGCUGCUUCUUAAAGACAUUUUGCCGAUAACCGAAGAUCAGUUUGUUUUUGGUAACACUCCAGAUAAUUUGCGUCUCGGUCUUGAUAUCGAUGGCUCCAAGAUUGAUGAGUGGAACAAUUCUUCCAUCGAUCUUUCGCCAUCAAAUAUUAUUGAUGAUCCCAACAACUCAUCGCCUUUCAUUUAUGAGUACGUUGAAGUCGAACCCAUAAAUUAAAAUUUUAAAUUCAAAUUAAUAAAUUUAUUUUAAAAUCACAGACAUCAAAUUUUUAAAGGUACAAUUUAACUGCUGCACAACUUUAAUUUAUUCAUUCCAAAUUUUUUUUGUUAUUAUAACUGCUGAUGAUUUUAAAAACAAUCACUAGCACAAACUUUCAGUCAAUUUACAAAGCAUUUUAAUGAAUUUUAACAACUGCCAUUUUAUCAUUUUUUUGUAUUUUUUAAUUAUACAAAAAAAAUUGCUUUUUUAAAAAAAUAUACACGCGAUUUUAUUUAAAGUUUUGCAAUAAAAUGAACGAUAUGAAGUUUGCAGUCGAUUAAUAAUUUUGAAAUUUAAAAAAAAAAAAAAAGAAAAAAAUGCAUAUGUAGAAAAUUUUAAAAACUACAGGUGCAUUUUUUUUUUAUUUUUUUUUUGCGAAGGCAGCACGUGGAUGUACCAUUUUUUUAUUUGAAUAUGAAUAAAUAAGAACGGAUUGAUUAUGACUUUUAAAAAAAUGAUAAUGAAUAUGAAGCAGUAAAUAAAAUUGGAUUUAAAAUCUGCAGGAUGCUUGAAGAGAAAAUUAUCAUUAAAAAAAUAAAUAUAAAUUAUCAGUAAAUUUUCUAAGCAAUUCAGUAAAUUCGUCUUUGUACUCGAAAAUAUAUUUUUAAAUUAUAGUCUUUUGAUUUUUAAACUGUUUUAUAGAUUCUGAAUUAUUAUUAUUAUAGAAAACAUUUAAAUUUCCGAUUGUUAUCCACGCACUGUAAAAAUUUGCGGAGUAAAUGCGGACCGGAUGACUGUUUCUUUAAUUUACGGAGUAAAAUUCACUCCGAGGAAUUUAUUUGAAUAUUAAAACUCCAGUUUGGAGUAAAUGUCAAUUUAAAUAAAAGCGGGAAAAAUAAACUCCGUAUUUUUUCAAAAACUGGAUCUCUUACCAGAGUAAAUCUGAAUUUAAAUAAAAUUCCGAUUUUUCAGUCUAAAUAUUUAUGACAGCAGACAUUUAAAAUUUUCGAAAUUUUUGAAAAUAAAUCAAUUCCAAAAAAAAAAAAUAAAAAUAAAAAAAUGCACAUGUAAAAAAUUAAAAAAUCUAGAUGUGUAAUUUUUUUUUUUUAAUUAUUGGAAAAAAUUCAAAAAUAAAUUGAUGUCAGCUCCAAUGUCAUAAAUAUUUCCCGGUCACAAUCAUAUUUUUAUCCUGAUAAAUUUCAGUCAUGAUUUAAAUCCGACAUUUUUUUUUUGUUUUUAAUUAAAAAAAAAAAAAUUUUAAAUAUAAUUACUUAGUUCUCGGGUAUCGUUGUGUGAAUGACUAAAAAUUAUAAAACGUAUACUCUUAAUUAAUAGAUACUCUGUAGCAAUUAGUGUUUGAAAAAUAAUUAACGAAUGCUUAAAUGACUAGAUUGAAAAAAAAAAAUCUCUAUAUUGAUACGAAGGCUAUUUAAAAUAGAGCCAAAAAAUUUAUAAAAAUUUUCCAUUUACAACUAACUAAUUAAUUGAUCAAUUAGUUGAUUAAUUAAUUAAUUAGUAAAUAAACACAAAGAAACAUAAAUGACCGUACAAUCUUUUGUACCUUUGUACAAGCAGUCUGGAUGUCACGAUUGUAGUUAAUUUUGACGGUGCCAUUAAUUCAUACAUUUACUAUUUAAAAAAAAUAUAUAUAUAUAUAUAUUAUAAAAAUUAAAAUAAAAAAUCCAAAAAAAUAAAUGAGUAAUUAACAGUAGAAAAUUAUUAAAGUAGAGUAGAAAAUUAUAUUUAUUAGAGUAGUUCCUGUUGUCACAACGAUUUACCGUAGAAACAAUUAAAGUUUAUGUAAUUAUUGAUAAAUGUAUUGAUGAAUAUUUAAAUUAUUAUUGAAAAAGGGAAAAAAAAAAUUAACAGUAAGGAGAAAUGGAAAUAGAUGAAAAUAUUUAACGAAUAAGUUUAACUCUGCAGGAAAGCUAGAGAUAUUGAGGCAUUGAGGCAGCUGUCACAAGAAAAUACAACUAAAGACAA